ACAUGAUGUGUUUAUUUCCGAUACAAUUUUGGUUUAGGAUUUAUUUAGCUGCGCUUUUUAAAUAAAAAAAGAUAAUAGAGCAUGACUGAAAUAAACGGUUUGUCUUUUUUCUUCGCGUCUUUAAGUGCACCUGUCGACCGCGAAGAGUCUUUGCGAUUCACAUGAUUAUUUUGUAACGGUUUUCGCGCAGCUGCACUUAAACGAAAACAUCUCGCUUGGUAACGGCGUGCUGAAGAAAAGGAAAAAGAUACGGAAAGCGAGAAGAAGACAACAACAACGCGCGUGUUGCCAGGUCGAGAGCACUGUGUUGACACGAGUGAAACAGGCCGCUGGACGCUGGACCGACUGCAGCGCGCGCGGUCGGGAGAUAUCUACGAUCGAUAAAGGCUCCGUAGAGAGAGAACCCCCGAAAUCGUUGCGCGACGCGAAAAAUCGUGACGGCGCGCGCGAGAGAGAACGAGAGAAAACACAAAAGAGAGAGAAAUCGGUCGCGCAGUGACGCGAGCAAGUGAACAGUUGUGAUCGCACUCUGACAAGCAAGAAUAAAAAUCAUUUCGCGAUCAUUUGUGUAAUUUCGCGUAAUGCUAAGCGGCCACAGCCAUGCGCGCGUGCACGCGCGCGAUUAACAAUCGGCAGGUGAUCACUCGCGUCCGCUGAUCGAGCGCCAUGUCACGCGAUGGACCAAUCAGCUGCUCGGUAAACCACCGUGAGACCUCGAGUCUGUCCGCAGACGAAUGACAACAAAAGAGACUGAUAGAAGUCGCGCGCGCGAGAGAGAGCCCCCGCGAGAGAGAGUUUUUUCCCUGCACGCGAAGCGAGUGUUGUGUGUCCCGCGCGCACAAUUGAGGCAAGCCGAAAAGGAAGAAAUAUAUCCGCCGUCGCGGUUGCCCGCCUGCUUUUUUUCCCCGUUUCCCGUAGCGCGCCGCGAGCACGUCGCUUACGCUGGGGUGGUGAAAGGUGUCGAGGAAUAUGAAGAGGAGAAAUGUCGAGUGCGGUAAGCUUCGGAGGCCCCUGAAACGCAACAAGCUCACCGAGGGAAUCUACGGAAGUACUUUGCUUUAUCUGAAGUUUCUUCUACUAUGGGCCAUGGUGAUCUUGGCAGACUUUAUUUUAGAGUUCCGUUUUGAAUUUUUGUGGCCAUUCUGGCUACUCCUCCGAAGCGUUUACGAUUCCUUUAAAUAUCAAGGCUUGGCCUUCUCUGUAUUUUUUAUUUGUAUUGCACUUACAUCUGACAUGAUUUGCUUCUUUUUCAUCCCUGUGCAUUGGCUUUUUGCUGCCAGCACUUACGUUUGGGUGCAAUACGUUUGGCACACAGAUAAAGGAGUGUGUCUACCAACUGUGAUGCUAUGGCUACUAUUUCUAUAUAUAGAAGCAGCAGUGCGGUUGCGUGACUUACGUCAUAUGCCGUUUCACCUAGACCUCUGUCGGCCAUUUGCAGCACAUUGCAUUGGCUAUCCUGUAGUUACAUUGGGCUUUGGGUUUAAGAGCUAUGUAGGCUACAGAAUGAGGCAGAGAAAACAGAAAGACGUAGCAAAGGAGAACGAGUUCUACCUGCAGUUAUUGCAGCAAGCACUGCCUCUAGAGCAACAAGCUAUGUCGAUGCAACAAAUCCAACCACAAGUGCAGUCACAGACACAACAUGUUACUGCAUCAUUAGAACAACACGUUAAAACUCAAACACACAAAUUGAGUCCACAGUAUAAUCCAAGCCCCGAGAAAAGCAGAGGGGGCAAUAACAAUUCUGUAGAAACAAACGUACAAAAUGGUGGGGUACACAAUAGUAGUCAAGUCACACCGCAAGCACAGAGCGCUACUACUAAAAGUACUCACAGAAAAUCUUUAGACAAGGGUGAAAAGCAGGAAGAGCAGCAUAAUAAACAUAAUGUAUCAAAUAAUUCACCAUCAGACAAAAGUGAUAAAAGAUUUAUUCAUACUAAUGGAAGUACAGUAUCGCACAGUGACAUACAACUCAUCGAAAGAGUAGGGUCUGUAAAUGAUUUUGAUGUAAAUGAAGCGGAAAAAGACAAAUCUAUUAAGGGUUGUGGACACACCACGAUAAAAUCGCAAUCAAACGGUUCAGUAACGGGAAAAUGGAGUAAUGUAAAAGAAACUCGGGAUUCAUCGUCGACUACCAGUGCCCAACGUGAGCGUAAGACGCGACAGGUUAAAAAUACAGGUGACACCAUGACAGAACAACAGAAACAGCAAGAUGAUUAUUAUCAAAGGUUACUGGUGUGUCGCAGGCUUGAGGCAGACAUAAAACGUUUGAAAUCAGACUUGCAGUCAAGUCGGCAGUUGGAACAAGAAUUGCGAUCACAAAUCAAUACCUUGUUGAACGGAGAGCGGCAGGCUAAGGGUGAUAUUCAGCAACUCCAACAUGACAACGAUCAAUUGCAAAGCAAAUUACAUGGACUAGUAACGGCGCGUCAGCUGGACAAACAGACAAUGUCAUCGUUGGAAAAGCGAAUUGCGGAAGAAAGAAAACAGCGUACCGCAUGUGAAGCAUCCUUAAUUUCUGAGCGAAGGGCACGACGAGCUGCUGAGGAAGCACGCUCUGCGAUUCCACCACCACCACCUCCACUUAUUAGGCAAGAAUGCACUGACGCGUGUAAAAAUCGAAGAUCCCAAAUGGAACAGGAUCUCAAGAAUCUGCGCCGUGAACUCAAAUUGAAGGAGGAAAGGUGUAAUGCAUUGGAAAAAGACGCAGUACGUUGCAAAGAAAACCACAGAGAAUCUGAAAUUCUACUUGCUGCACUCAAUGCGCUGCAGGACAAAAACGCGCACUUGGAAAACAGCUUAAGCGCGGAAACACGCAUAAAACUUGAUCUUUUUUCGGCACUCGGCGAAGUCAAGCGCCAAUUAGAAAUCCGAGAAAGCUUAAUCAGAUCUCAAGAGAAAGAAAUUGAGAUGUUGAAAACAAAAAUAGCGCAAGAUUUAGCUGUGAUGCCACAAGACACAUUUGGUCCAACGCCAACCUGUGCGACGUCCAAGCUUCGUUUAAAUAGUGAAGUGAGAGUAGCAGGAACAAAAAUACGUUCGAAUGAAAGUCCCUGUCCGGGGUGUACUGUGUCGAAUUUGGAUCCGAAUGCGACAGCGUACACGCCUAAAAGCUCCCUCGUAGCGUCGACCGAAGCUUAAGAACUGCAAUUCUCUUAUCAGAGCCCGAUAGUAAAUUACAUCAACUACAAAAGGAUGUUUCAAAGUUUCUCCGUGGAAAUAUUACCGUUCAGUUUUUCUAAGCAUACGCGAAAUAAUCAAUUUAUAUAAUAUCCAUUACUGGAUCUCUUUCUUGCAUCCAUUUGUUUCUUAAGAUAAUAUUUUUAUUAAAUACACAUCCUGUCUCCUAAUAAGAAAGGUAUUAUCUGAAAGUCUUCCAUGAGAAACUUCUCGAAACAUGUUUUGUAUCGUGUCUUGUCCUCUCAGAAACAAUGAAACCGUUGACAUUAUUUACGAUCACACGACGCGACACUGGGUUUUAGAAUGUCAAGGAAAUCCAGUCUUGACUUGUAACAUUUAUGCUGUAGGUUGAUCUUAUGGAUGUAUAAGGAUCUGUAUGUCGGUGAGCAGUAAGUGUGUUCGCACUUGCACGAAUAUCGAUAAUAUUCAACAAGUAAAAAUUAAUAUGCUGGUCGUUAGUUUAUAUAAAUAUGUAUAAGUAAAAUGUUUUAUAUUUUACAAGAGUAAAAAGUCAGAAAGUAUAAAAACGUUUCUUAAACGGUUAACAAAAUUAUGAUGCGUACGCUUCGUUGACGCAUAAAGAUGUUUCAUGAUAAUCUAUUGGUACAUUGGUUUGUGAAAUUCAAAUCGAUCUUUAUUUAAGAGAGAAUAAUAACAUUUUAUUAGCGGAAAAUUAUGAUAUUAGGAAGAAGUUAAUAAUAUCCAUAUUACGAUCACCCUACAGCAUAUGCCUAAACGUACGAUGACUUGUCAAAGACGCAUUCUUAUUGAAGUCAUAUAACUAAAGCUAGUCCAUCAUACAAAUUCUAUUUAAAUAUCAUUGGCGUGUCGAGCUAUUUUAUGUAAUGCGAUCAUCCAUGCAGAAAUAGCCAUUGACAACACAUGGAAAAAAUAUCAUCUAAGGAGGAUCAAAGUGUCACGACGCCAAAUCUGUUUUAGAUAAUUAUGUGUCCGUGCGAUGAUACUCUCAUGCACAAUUUCUAUGCUUUUAAAUUCUUGUACUUUUAGUUUAAUAAUUCUCUUUUACGUAUUGGCUUUCAAACGGUGCAAAGUAGCCAUUACAUUUUUCGUGAAAGUAAAAAUGUAUAGAUUUUGAGAUACGAUGAAAAUGAUUGAUUCAUGGAAUUUAAAAUUCAAUAACAAAAUGAUGUGAUGGCUGACUUGCGAUGUAAUUUAAAAAUUCUGGCAUAUAAUUAUCAUACUGGUAUGAGAUUAUGUGAUGCCAUAUUUCGUUGAAAGGAAAAAGAGUUUAUCAAAGUAAUAUAAUUUUAUUAUGAGUACAAAAGUAGAGAACAAAAUUAUUUUCAUAUUAUCACUUUGUUUAAAUUAAAAGAGUAUUUAAUUCACGAUUUAGUAAUUGAAUAGAUAAAACUAUAUUAUGAUGACUAGAUGUAAAUGUGGACGAAAUUCUUUCCUUCUCUUUUUUUCUCUUCGUGACGUCCAUUAAUAUAAUUUUGAAGUUAAAAACUAGAAGUUUGCUUUUUUUUUCUUUUUUUUCUUUUUUUAAAAUUAUUCUUAAUAUAUGUGUGUAUACAAAAUGUUACAUGACUUUGACAAAUUAUGGCACCAUUAAAGACACAUGGUACAUAAUGUUUAUCAGAUCUGUCAAUUUAGAAAAAUAUAAUAUAUUGAUUUGUAUAUGGCCUUACGUUAAGUACAAAUUGUUUUAGAUACUUGCACAAAUUGGUGCGUUUAUCAAUCUGUUGGUUGAUUAGUUUAUGCUAUGUAAGGGGGUGCUAUACGUUAUAAUUUCGAUUUCUAUAGAUUCAUGUAUCUUUGCGCCAUAAAAAUCGGUUAAAGUUGUUGUUUGAUUUUAAUUUUAAUUAACUCGCAGAGUAUACUGAAGAGUUGUUAAGAAAAUAAAUGCGAUGGCAUUACGAGUGAUUAAUUAAUAAUGAUAAAAAGUGCAGUCGAUUGGACAAUUGAUCGAUAUCGAUGAGGUCUUUUUUUGCGUUUUUUAUCCUACCCGCAAGAAAGCCAGUACUUGCUUCAUUACGUUGUGAACGUUGUGUAACUUGUUAACUAUUACGAGAUCAUUCUUCCAUAAUUGUACAUACGAAGCACUGUCAUGACAAUUUACUUACGGACACUAGUAGAUCAUGACCAACUAGUCAAGCGAAGAAGGAAGUUUUACGAGCACAAAUAUUUAUUAGAUAUCCGAUAUUUGUUCACAGUUUUCGCCUUUUGGAAAAAAAAGACACAGAACCCUCUCACCUCGCUCAGAUUUAGGUAUCUGGACUCAUUGGAUAAUGAAAUAUGAACGAGUCCGCGAUGCCUGUCCUCCUCACUCCCCUUCUCAAUGAUCCUCAUAAAGGACGACGUUGUAAAGGCUUUCUGCACAAUGUGUAUUAUUAUUAAAUUUGAAUUUAAGCAGCAUUUUGCAAAAAUUUGUUAUUUCUAACGAAGUUACGUAAAAAUUUUUUUAUUUUUUAUUUUUUUCAUUUGCAUACGUCAGUAACUAUAUUCGCGUAGAGCACAUCGAAAUAGCUUUGACUACUGCUAAUUUAUUGGAGGGAGAGGGGAGGAAAAAAACCGUAUAUAUAUAUAUUUCUGUUUGAGUUGUGAUCCCAGUGUUAAAGAUAUUACAUUUUUGGUCUUGCGAAUAAAUUGUCGAUAAAAUUCGAUUAGAUUUACGUUUACUUGCACUUGUUUAUACACAUGAUAAUGUAGUGAGAAGAGCAGCGAAGAUAUGUAAAUAUUUGCUGGGAGGGAAAAAAAUGAAGCUUUGAUACCGUCUUUCGUAAUGCAUCGAUGUGACUGUCAGGGCACUUGCGUGGCAUAAUCAUUUUUGCUAAACAGAAUCACUUUGAUUUACGUAUCGAAUAUAUUGGUCAGCUUUAAUAAACAUAACAAGGUUUAAAUACCAAAAAAUGACGAGCUUGUCAGCAAAAAAAUAAAGCUCAAGGAAAGAUCAUUGAUUUGAUCAAAAUAAUAUGCAUUGUAAAUAUUUGUACCUGACCAGAAUACGCUGUAGUUUCCACCCCCCCUUUUUUUUGUUUUGGCUAAUUUACUUAUCUCGGAUUUAAUUCCACCAAAAGGCUGGCUUGAUAAACAAUUAAUAUUAUUGUUAAACGAAAUAAUAUCUCGCGUGCACGUUGAGUUAUUGUGAUAUACAUACACAUACGCAGCCACACGCAAAAAAAAGAAAUACACGCGACGCACACACAUACACAACAUGUAACACACAUGCAUAUAUCACUUGUAAAUAUACAUAUAUUCGCUUUGCAUAUUUAUUUGUGUAUACUCGUACAUACUCGCGCGUUAUAUCGGAACAUCUGAAACAUCGGCUACGUGUAUACACAUACGCAUGUACAUGCGUAUGAUUUUAGUUUAUUAUACAACGUUCUUUUAUACCAUAAUAAAUUAAUGAGAUAAUUGAUCGAUCGAUAGAUAAGUUUGCAAAUGCAUUAUUUCAUUUCGCGGGACAAGAGGAAGACGCGUGUAACAAAGUACUUAAUUUUUUUAUCUUAGAUCUUAUUCAGCGCUCUUUUCGAAUGUAUGCGAGAGAGAGAUUGAAAGAAAGAAAAAUGGGAGAGAUAUGUACAAAUACAGAUACUUUUGUAAUACUUGCUUCCUGAAUAAUUUGUAAGUUCCCCUGAUAAUUAAUUACAUAGCUAAUUUAUUAAGUCGGCGGGGACAAUAAAACAACUUUUUGUCUUAUAUUGAAAUCCGGCGUCGUGUCUGAUCGCUAUUUUCCAGUGAGAGAGAGAAAGCGAAUAAUCGCGGAUGCGCCUUUUUACAUAUUAGUUAUUAACGUCUUUUUAUGCGCUUCCAAAUACAUAACUGCGUAUACACUUAUUCUCUUAUUAUUUAGCAUUAAGUUAUCGCUGAGCGUCGAAAUGUAGUAUUUUUAGAUGCAACAAGAACACACGGCUAUUGAUCUCAUCAUGUAUCACGCGACCGUACACGCAAAUGCCCUUAUUAACGAUCGAUUGGAAAACCGAUUUGACGUUUGAGGAAAUUUUGAAACAAAGAGCUGCGUUUUUUUGUAUGGAUAAAACGCAUCCGAACAAAUGUAUCACGUGUGAUUGUAAUAUCCCUAAUCGAAGAACCACAUGCGUUUCAAUUUGCUCCAUAUAUAUCACAUAUGUAAGGCAAUGUUUAAAAAAAAAUCUAGCUGAAAAAUUUUACGAUUGAUCGUAAAGAAUAUCAACUAGCACAUAUGUCACUAUCAUACAUGCGUUUCUACCGUUAGUUCAUAAUUCAACUGAGCUUUUCGAAACCUUGGUCGUACGACGGCACGUCUGACCGGUGUUACAAUAAUCUUACAUUUAUAAUGGUUCUUCUUUUGCAUAUUUUCUGUCUAUCAAUCGAUCGCAUAGAAUAUACUUGAUUUUUGUUUUCAUAUCAAAA